AUGGAUAUUCCAGAUGUCUCAAAGCUACAGGUACAAAACAGCGAAGAAGGCGGGUCGAGCGACACUACAACUUCAUCUAUAGAGAAAAUCCAGCAACUCCUCAAGGCCAAAGAUGAUACCUCCAGAUUCGUUGGAUUGGCUCUUUUAAAGUCCGUCUUAGACAACUCCCCCGAACUUCAGAGUGAGAAAGAAGUUAUAGUUUCAUUAUGGGACUCUAUUUCACCUAAAUUCCUAGACAGGCUAUUACGCACCGGUUCUCACUCUAGCUCGGAGCAGAAAAGCUCCAAGGACAUGCUUGACUUAGCAAUCGCUGUCAUUCAUACAUUCGCUGUGCUGUUGCCCGAUGAAGCAAAACAAGACACAAAACUACUUGGUAGAAUACCAAGAUUAGCCAAGGCCGUCCUUUAUAGCUCCAAAGAGACAACCCAGGUAAUCAUAGAGACAUUACUAACUCUUGUUGCCGUACCUGGGGGUGCCAAAAGCUUCGCCGAUCUUGAUAUCGACGACUGGACCCCUUUAAUAGAAAUCGCCCCAGAACACUCACAUGUGCUCACAAUAUUCAUCUGGGCCUGGGAGAGGGGGCCUACCAACUUCGAAGAUGAAGUCGCUCGGGAAGCGAUGAGGACUAAGAUCGACCAAGGAAUCCAAUCUUUCGUAUCCUCCUUUAUUGGAACCGACGCUACAAGUCUCCUAGAAUUCAUAUCCCACGUUCUAAGAAAUAUCAACGAAAAUCUCAUCCCUAGAAAUCCAAAAUGGCUCGGUUCCGUUACCAAGCUCAUACGCAACUUAGCAACCAACAGACCAACCGCAGCUAGUCGUUCUGCGUAUACAAACUGCGCGGGCGCCUUGCUGCUUAUAUAUCCGGAGUCGACGCCUCAGCUAUUAUUCCUUGACGAGAAGGACUCCUCAAAGCCGUUCUCGUAUCUGUUCAUCAAUCUCAUUCUAGUAGACCUACGCGCAACCCUACCUUCUCUCCUGGAAAUGCUCAACGACCCAGAAUACCCGCGGAUCUCGCAGCGUCUCACAUCCGCGCUUGAUAUUCUGACAGCCUUCAUCGGCCAACUUAUUUCUUGGAUGGAGGAACUGGACAACCCCAAGCCAGACGCAAAACCAGCAGAUUCCUGGCUCAAGAUGCCUCCCGAUCUGGUCCUCAAGCUUAGUAGCUCGAUCGCCGAAACCUUGUCCGUUGUAAUGGAGUAUCUACGGGACCGCUGGGAUGCCUCGGUAGCAGGGGCUCAAGGAUUGCACCCGGAGGCACGAGCCAGCAACGCGCAUACGGACUUCGGCUCCCAUAAGACGCUUGCUUGGGACGCGAAAGACGAGAGCGCAGCUACAGAUGCCUUCAUACUAUCCUCCAUACGCGCAAUCGCGCUCUGGGUCCGCGACGAUGACGGUGACGUUCUAAGGAAAGAGGGCGCUGGGCUGAUGGACAUGUUUAUGGAACUGUACCAAAAUAGUGGUUCGAAUCCAUCCCAACCAAGUGGACUAGAUUACAGGCUCCCCGUCCUUGCGGCGCUCGAAGGCGUGCUCCGCACAUCGAAGGGAAUUAAUGCGUUCAACUCGUACGACGGCUGGAAAGUACUUUCAAGUGAUAUGCUUAAGAUCCUUGAAGAGAGCUCGACUUCUACCGCCCUACAGGAAGCGGACAUCAUUCGCGGUAUCCGCAUUACUCUCGUCUUGCAGAUAGUAGCGGAGAACGAGGGUACGACAUCUGAGGACUGGAUGGGCGUGGUGACGGCUGUAGCGGCGUACGACGUAUCGAUUAUAGAGGGUAGCUCUAAGGACGAGCCGCUCCUCGACUUUCAAGCAGAUGUAUUGCAGCUCGUCGCGACAUUGCUGUCGAAUGCGAAUCCGGGCAUGAGAAGGCGGUAUGUGCAUUCAGCCAAUGCUAUACGGGGGGUUGCGGAACAGUUAAGGGGUAAGACGAACGGAGAGAGUGAUACGGCAAAGGAGUUAGAGGAUGUGUUGUCUCUACUAGAUGGAUUGCAUGUAUAG